AUGGACUUGCAAAUGUUAUCUAGCCUAUUCGCCACGACCUUCAAUCCAGACCCUAAUAUACGAAAAUCCGCUGAGCUUGAAAUUCGCAAGGUGGGCAACCAGAAUGGCAUGAUUACCGCCCUUCUCCAGAUUAUCGCCACCGACAGCAUCGACCUCCCCAUUCGCCAGGCCUGUGCAGUGUGGGUCAAAAACCGCGUUUUCACCCACUACUCAAACGACAAAAAAGGCGGCAUUUCGCAGACUGAUCGCGAAGCAUUGCGCUCAAAUCUACUCCAUCUUAUCGCUGCAGCACCUUCGCGGAGCAUCGGCCUCCAACUUGCCAACGUACUCAAACUUGUAAUUUGUCGCGAUUUCCCCCAUAAAUGGCCCGGACUCCUGGACGAAAUUAAGCGGUUGCUGGCGAGCUCAGAAAUCAGGGAAGUUCAUGCUGGAUGUGUGGCGGCGCUCGAAACAGUGAGAGCUUUCAGAUUCAUCCAGAACAAUGAAGUCUUACCCAGUGUCAUCCCAGAAAUCUUCCCUACCCUUGUUAACAUCGCAUCCCAUAUGAUGCAAACGCCCCCAACCACAUCACAAGACAUACCCGCCAUGCUCCAUCUCAUCUUGAAGACUUAUAAGACGAGUAUUGUCAUGUCUCUAAGCGCUCAUCAGCAGAGCGCCGAGAGUAUCGUUCCUUGGGGCCAACUAUUCUUUUCUAUCGUCAACCUUCAAAUACCGAGCGCUGUCGUGCCUGAAGAUGAAGAAGAGCGAGAGCGUGCAGAAUGGUGGAAAACUAAGAAAUGGGCAUAUGCUAUCCUCGGGCGCUUAUUCCAUCGCUAUGGCAACCCUUCUCAGCUCCCGAGCACGAUGCAAAACUAUUCCAGAUUUGCACAUCAUUUUGUGACUACGUUUGCCCCGGAGAUACUGAACGUCUACUUCCGUCAAGUAGACCUGUUCGUAUCGGGACAGGCGUGGUUGUCACAAAAGUGUCAAUAUCAAAUAUUUACAUUCUUCAGCGAAUGUGUCAAGCCCAAAUCUACAUGGGCCCUUCUCAAACCUCAUUUUGAGACCCUUGUUUCCUCUUUCGUAUUCCCUCAGUUGUCUUUUAAUACCACAAAGCAGAAUCUAUGGGAGAACGACCCGGUUGACUAUGUCAGGAUCUCAGUUGAUGAAUACGAGAGUUUUGCUACUCCAGUCUCCGCGGCGACCACGUUCUUGUUUGGCCUCGCCACCAACAGAACCAACACUACGUUCCUACCCAUUUUGUCGUUCAUUAAUUCCGUACUUCAAUCCAAUGCAUCUGCGACGCAACGUUUCGGCGCGCUGAACAUGGCCGCGGCGCUCGGGCCCUGGAUGAUGAAACAUCCUACAGUCAAGGACAAUAUGGAGACCUUUAUAAUGCAAUACGUGACUCCCCAGUUAAGCAGUCCGGAGCCUUAUUUGCGAGCCAUUACAUGUGAAGUCAUAGGCACUGUGGUGAAGAACCGCCUACAAUGGACUAGUGAAGAGCAUCUUCAUACCAAUUUCACUGCCGUCGUCGCUGCGAUGGAUGACCCGGAAUUCCCGGUCAGGGUUCAGGCGUGUCUCGCCCUUACGGAGAUGGUGGUCGCCUAUGACUCUGUGAAAACUGCCGUAGCACCUCAAGUGAGCAAAGUCAUUCAAAGCCUACUCAAGCUGGCGGACGAGAGUGACCUGGAUAUCUUGAACCACAGUAUGGAUGUAAUGGUUGAUCAAUACCAAACGGAGUUACUUCCCGUCGCGGCUCAGUUGACUGAACGAUUGUGCGAUUCUUACCUGCGUUUGGCAAGAGAGACCAUCGCCCAGGAUUCGGAAGCGGACGGGAUGGAUCUCGAAUCCUUGAUGUCCACAGGGGAAGAUGACAAGACGUAUUACGCUAUGGGCAUCGCGAAGACAAUCUGGACGGUCAUCAAUUCCAUAGAGAGUGCGCCCGAAAUCCUGGCGCAGGUUCAGGAGAUUGUGAUUCCCAUUGUCACGUUCACAUUGGAGAACAAGUUUCUUGAUCUUUUCGACAGCAUGUACGAGCUGGUGGACAGCUUGACUUUUAAGCUCCGGGCGAUAUCUCCGAGCAUGUGGCCGGUGUUUGAAUUAACAUACAAACAGUUCAAAUCCGAUGCGGUGGAUUACCUAGAAGAAAUGUUGCCUUCUCUGGAUAAUUUCGUCUCGUUUGGGAGCGAAGUGAUUAGGAAUCGGGCUGAUUACAAGCGGAUGCUCGUGGACAUCUACACGACCUCGAUCGUGAACGAGCAUUUGGGUGAAAAUGAUCGGGUGAACGGAUGCAAGCUGGCCGAAUCUGUGCUGUUGAACCUGCGCGGAAGCGUUGACGAUGCUCUGCAACCGUUCAUUAUCACUGCCUUGGAUCAGCUGGACAAAACGGAGACCCCUGCCCUUCGUCUGGCGAACCUCGAAGUAUUGAUCAACGCGAUUCUAUACAAUCCCACCGCCACGCUUCACAUCAUGGAGACGUCCCGACCUGGACUGACGCGUGUGUUUCUGGACAAAUGGUUCGCCGCUAUCAACUCUGAGAAUCAGCUGCCGCGGGUGCAUGACAAACGGCUGAGCAUCCUUGCGUUGUCUGCGCUAAUCGAAAUGGACCCGAGCGGUAUCCCUGAAAGUGUCCAACAGGGAUGGCCAGGCAUCCUGGGUGGGAUCCUGAAGCUGUUUAGAGACUUUCCCAAGGCUGUCGAAGCGCGUAAGGCUCUGGAAGAAGCUCUUCAGGAAGAUGAAGAUGAGGAUGAUGUUUAUGACGAGAAGUCCCUGAACCUGAACGAAGAUGAUGAGGACGUCUGGGAUGAAGAUUCAGCGUAUCUGGAAAUGUUGGCUAAAGAGGGCGCCCGAUUGAGGGAGAGAUCUGCUGGAGAGGAAGAGUACGACGAUGAGGAGGAUGAGGAUAUCGAGGAGGAGUUGGGGUACUAUAGUCCGUUGGAUAACGUCAAUCCGUAUGUUUCGUUCCAGCAAGCUCUGACUGCGUUCCAAAUGAAAAGUGGCAAUGUGUAUCAGGCAGCCACGACGUCUUUGACGGUAGAACAACAGACGGUGCUGAUGGAGGUGAUGAAAGUGGCGGAUGCGGUAUCGAAAUGA